AGUUUUUGAUUUGCUUGCUUCGUGCGAACUGCGAAGAAACAUCUAUUUCAUAAGUGUGUCAUAAGUUUAAUAUGAACAAUUAACAAUGUUGAGCAUACGUGAAUUUGUUUUAAAUACGGCAGAAAGAUAUUAUAAUAAAUCACAUCUGGAUAUGAAUAACAAAUCAGAGGAAGCAUUGUCUGAUUUUGUUAAUAAUUCACAAAGUUUGUUACUCCAAGGAUUUUUAGAAAAUGAGAGUAAUUUAUUGUUAUCCACAAAAAUAUUAGAUGAGAAGAGAAGGUCAGUGGUAUUUUACAAAACAUCAGCACAAGAGCUGACACGGGAUGAUGCAGUCAAGAACAUUAACAUCUUUAGCCUCUCCAGUAAUGCUGCUGAGUCCUUGUACCAGAUCCUCAGACAGAUUUACUCACCUUUACUAUCUGCUGGCAAUGACUUAUACUCAAGUAAACUCCAAAAAAGCCUUUCUGAAUUGGAAUCCAACUUGAGGAUACUUACCCAUGGGAAAGGUGAUGCAAAUAUGAAUGACCGAGGGCGUUAA